UCUUAGACUGUUUUGUUGAAUUUGUGUAAUUUUUAUUGAUCAUUGAUGUUCCUGGUGUGGAAACUAGAAAGUGAGCUAUAAGAAAUGCCACAGUUAUUUAACAUUCAGUUGGAAAGAGUGAAAGAAAGAAUUCAUAAUCAGUAGAGACACAUUUUUUCUUCAAGCUUUUAACAGAGAAUUAGGAACAAUGAAGGGUUUUUGUUUUUUUUAAAGUGCUAGAAAGCAUUGCCCCAAAGCUGGCGAGGUUGGUGGUUUCUAUUCAAACCCAAACCCUAAUGUUUAACUCAUUGAGAAGCACAGUAUGCAACAAUGGUUUUCAAAGCUUACACUGGCAAAGAAAUGACACAGGAAGAAUUUUUCCCUCCUCUUAAAGCAGCCUUAUAAUUAUAAAUUAAUCCCUAAAGAUAUUAUGGUGACUUCGAUGAGUUAAUGAGUAUCGUAUAACUGCCUGCUUCUCUUAAUUGUCCAAAGGCCAGUUGAUCCUGGAGUGCAUAAAACCUUGACGAAUGCAGAUACGAAGCAUAGCGGAGAGAGAAAGUGUGAGCGUGAGACAGAAAGAACUAGAUGCUGUGUUUAACCAUGAAGAUGCCAAAAAAGUUUCUCUCUCUCUUUCGUAUCUUUGUGCUCUUAACUGGCUUCUCAAUUAUUUGCAUGGGAGCCUUUUGCAUUUCCACAGGCUCCUCUCUGUGCAGAUGUGGGAAUAAUCUGCCUGUUGCUUAUUCUCUGUUACCUUUGGGGUUCUUACUCCUUGUGACUGGGAUUUUCUGGAGCACGUACCAUGAAGUCAGAAAAAACAAAAACCUGUUCUAUAUUUUCCAGAGAAAUCCCAGCCAUAGAGAAAGGCACAUCAACACCAUAGACAGGCCUGAUUUCUACCCUCCGUGCUAUGAAGAUAGCACUGAUCCGGGAAAGCAGACUUUCCCAAUAUCACUCUCCCUUUCAGCAAGAGAGGAAGAGCUCUACAACAUCCCUCCACCACUGUAUACUGAAAGCAGCAUGGAAUUCAUAGAUGAAACCAGCCUUCAGGAGGAACAACCACCAUCAUAUGAAAUGUCUGUGCAGCAGCAGCAGCCAACAACCGAGCAUGACUCAAAUACAGAAGGAGUUUCAGGCACUUGUCAUGCACCCAUGCCAGGAGUCAGUUGCUAAUAAUACGAACUGUGAAAGGACUUUAGAGGGACCAAAGCACGUCAGUUAUUCCGAGACAAAGUCAGUGAUUAAGACACUGAAUGUGCAAAGUGGUGUUGGAAAAGACAUGGGACAGUGCUAUAUAAUACUACUGUAUUAUACUAACGGGUGCAACAGUUGCCUGGGGACAGCAUUGACCACAAUCCAUUCAUGUGGCAUUAGAGAGGUUGUUUGAGGAGGUUCCCAGUAUUUUAAAACAAGAACAGCAUUCUCUGGCCUUUAAAGAGUUUGCUAAUGAUAUUAAGUAUAACUCAUAAUUGUUGGCUCAAGCCAACAUCAGAGCAGCCUGUUUUCACGUUUCAAUAUUUCACUAUGCCCACUCAAAAAUGUCAGUACCAAAUACAUUCAUUGUACUCUGUUCACUAUCUCUAGAUGAUCUGUUUAUGAAAGAUUUUUUCAUACCAAAUAUCCAACAAACUAAUUUCCUUUUCAUAGCCAGUAUUGCAUUUUCUGCUCACGUCAGCGCAUCAAGAUCUUGAGCGAAAACGCCCUUAAGAUAUAAAUGACUGUACUGUACCUUGAUACACUGGCUACCAAUGUACAGAAGCCAUUAUUUUUUACACUGGAAGGAAAAUGUUAGUGUUGCUGCUUAAUGCUCCUCUAUUUAUUAAUUUCAAUCUCUUUCUCGCAUCUCAUCUUUUGGUGCAAGUCCCCAUCUGUUUUUCCAUUAAUAUUUCCUGAUCUGGAGGACCUAUUAAUUCAUUAGCUAAUAGUUGGGGUUUUGUGUUCUGUUGUUUGUAACAGCUGAGUAUUUUUCUAGCAUGAGUGUUUGGAGAUAACUGCUUUACUUUGUGUUAAUAGCUGAUACUUUAAUAUUGCAUUGAAUUCAUCUGUUUAUUUCAAUAAAUUUUUUCAAACCA